AAUGUGUGUUUAAGUGUUUUGUUUUGUUUUUUUCCUUACAUCACCGGAAGUGACUGACUGAGCCAAGCUAAGAGUUUGCGUCCCUAACUGAGGGUCUUUUUAACGCACAAUGGAUUCUUCUCGGCCUCCAAAGAGGACCAACCCAAGACGUGAGGCGAAAGGCGGUCAAAGUGAGUUUAAAGCUCCCGGUCGCAAAGAUGCCUAUGCUCGACUUCUGAGCCAGCACCGCAGCAGCACCUUCACGAAGUUUCUGGAGCAAUAUGCCAAAGAGUCGUCCCUCCUUCGGGAAGAUAAUGGACCGCACACCCUACUUCAAGCCCAGAGUGACAAGAUGAGCAUACCUCAAGGAAAAAGGGACCUCGUGCCAAAUCAUCUCUCCGAUUCCAGUGACUUUUCCCCUUCUUCCUUAAAAGACAAAGGAGACGAGAGCUCCUUGUCAUUGUACAUGGUAAAAUUAAGCAUUCAAAAUGCACAGCAAGACAGUGAGAGGAAGCCAGGUGUGUCUGAAAAGAACAGGAAGGCACAGAGAAGGGAUACUGCCACGAGCCAAGAUGGGGACAUUGAGUCGGGAGAGGAGCUAAGUUCUUUCGGCCCAAAUGACUCCAGGAAGCACCAGCGUCAGCGGAAGAAAAAUAAGGACACAAGCAAGGAAACCGUCUCGAAAGACAUUAGUCAAUUUGUUGAAAAUACCCAAGAUAAAGCCAAUUUAAACCAACUGGAACAGGAGGACACGAAAAAGACAAAGAACAAUAAUCUGCCCAAGCAGCUGGAAGCGGGGAAGCCAAUAGCUCUAAUAGCUAAAUGUUCAGGUGACAGUCACAAUUUCAAGUCACCUCAUGAUUUAAAGAAACUACAAAAACCCACAGACAAGAAUAAGAACAACGGGGGUAGAGGCUCAAGGAAACAAGUGUUUGAGCCCUAUAUGACCUCUGAAGAUGUUUCUCGUGGCCUUAAAAGAGGAGAACUUAUUCAGGGACAGUUGCGAAUAAACCCCAAGAAGUACCACGAUGCUUUCAUCCCUUCUCCUGAUGACACACGAGAUAUAUUUUUGGAUGGCAUAAUUGCUCGUAACAGGGCAUUAAAUGGUGACAUAGUCGUGGUGCAGCUCUUACCACGGGAACAAUGGAAGGUUGUGAGAUCGGACACUGACUGCGAGGGAGUCAGCGAGGCAGAAGCCCAGAAGGGAAACCUGAUCCAAAAGAACAUUGCGCAAGCACCGCAUACGUCUGUGGAAGAUCAGCGUCAGUUUGCAAGCAAAGACCAUCUGGAAAACACCUCAACAUCACAGUCCAAUAGUGGCGCACUUCAAAUGACCGCUAAAGUGGUGUACAUUGUUGAGAAGAAGCACUCGAGGGCUGUGACAGGCUCCCUGAAAUUUCUACCGGACAAACCUUUUGCCAUGUUCUCCCCUGUGGACCACCGCGUGCCCAGGAUUAAUGUCCCGCUGUCUGAUUGUCCAGACGAUUUUAUUUCCCGCCAUGAUGAUUACGCCAACACACUUUUCAUCUGCCGCAUCACCAACUGUCCUGCUGACAGCAACUUCGCCGAAGGUCGACUGGCGAAGACGUUGGGCCAGGCUGGGGAAAUUGAGCCAGAAACGGAGGGCAUUCUGACCGAGUAUGAUGUAGAUUUUUCAGACUUCUCAGAUAACGUGCUCGAAUGCUUGCCCAAGAAUGUGCCUUGGAACAUCCCGCCUGAGGAGAUGGCCAAGAGAAAAGACUUAAGGAAGGAGUGCAUCUUCACAAUUGACCCAGCGACCGCCAGAGAUCUGGACGAUGCCUUGUCCUGUAAACCACUUCCAGAUGGGAACUUUGAGGUGGGGGUCCACAUUGCUGAUGUCAGUUAUUUUGUGGAGGAGGGCAAAGCGUUGGAUAAAACUGCUAGCCGGCGAGCCACAAGUGUGUAUCUUGUCCAAAAAGUCAUCCCGAUGUUGCCAAGACUGCUUUGUGAGGAGCUAUGUAGCUUGAAUCCUCUGGCUGACAGGCUUACCUUCUCCGUCAUUUGGAAAAUCACACCUGAAGGAAAGAUCCUGAGCGAGUGGUUUGGCCGCUCCGUGAUCCGCUCGUGCGUCAAGUUGAGUUAUGAUCAUGCUCAGAGUAUGAUCGAGGCCCCCGAGAAGACGUUUGCUGCUGAAGAACUGCCCCCGGUGGACCCCGAGCACCGCAUUGACAUGAUCCACCAAGCUGUGCUCAACCUGCAUUCUAUUGCCAAGAACCUCAGAGCUCAGCGUUUCUCCGGAGGAGCUCUCCGACUGGACCAGCUAAAACUCUCUUUCACGUUGGACAAAGAGACCAUGAUGCCCCAAGGCUGCUACAUUUACCAGUACAGAGAUAGUAACAAGUUGGUUGAAGAGUUCAUGCUGCUGGCUAACAUUGCCACAGCCCACCGUAUUUACAAAUGCUUCCCUGAGCUAGCAUUGCUCCGACGCCACCCUCCACCCAAAGCUAAGAUGGUGGAUGAGCUCCAAGAGCUGUGUGACCAGCUGGGCAUCGACAUCGACCUUUCUUCCGCUGGCGCGUUGAACAAGAGUCUACUUUCCAUUCUUGGUAAUGAUGAAUAUUCCAUUGCCCGGAAAGAAGUUCUCACCCACAUGUGCUCCAGACCUAUGCAGAUGGCGUUAUACUUCUGUUCGGGGGUGCUCCAAGAGGAAAAGCUUUUUAAGCAUUACGCCUUGAAUGUUCCUCUUUACACUCACUUUACCUCACCCAUCAGGCGCUACGCUGACAUCAUCGUGCACAGACUGCUGGCAUCUUCACUCAACUGUGGUCCCAAGUUAGCAGUGUCCACAGAAGAAGUCCACAAACAGGCUUCACACUGCAAUGAGAAGAAGACGGCAUCCAAAAGAGUACAAGAGUUGAGCUCUGAGCUCUUCUUUGGAGUUUUCGUCAAGGACUGUGGCCCCCUGGAUUCUGAGGCUAUGGUGAUGGCCGUUUUGGAUCAGUCCUUCGACGUGCUGGUCCUGCGCUACGGAGUGCAGAAACGCAUCUACUGCAAGUCUGUCACCGGCCUGGCCUCAUUCCACCAUCGCAAGGUCGGGAAGAAAUCUGAGCUGACUCUCCUGUGGACACCAGAGGACCCACAGGAGCCUCCCCUUGAGCAGGUCAUUUCCAUCUUCACACGAGUGGAGGUGCAGCUCAAGGCAGACGGCGUGGCCAUGAAAUGCAGCACAUUACUCAAGAGGCCCAAUGCGAUUGCGCCAUAAAUGCUUGACACGUCAUGUAAGCAGUGUUAUUGUUUUACACAUGGACACUUCCCUUAGCUGCAAAACACUCAGAUAUGCAGUCUGACAUUGCGACUUAUCACUUUUAACGCUUUGUGAACUCACUAAUUAAUCAUGGUAUGCCGGUGUCGUC